AGUACCACUGCAUGCAGAGGGGCAGAUGCGCCUGGCACUGCCAGCCACUCAGCAAGGUGUGUCUGUGGUGCUGACAUGGUAAGUCCUUCUCUUUUCCUUGGGGAUGUGUUGGGGUCUGCUUAAAAAACGGAAUUAGGGGAGGACAAGGCUAUAGGUAGGUAAUGCCAGGAAAUGGUGCUGCUGCCCAAGGCAGAUGCCAGCCGUUGGUUUGUGGGGAGGGCAUGCCCUGUACCUGGGGGCUCCCCAGGAGUGAACUGCACAUGGGCUCCUCCACUGUCCAGCUGUGCUAUUGGCACAGCCCCUACACUGUGCCUCACUAGAGAGGCCCAUUCUACAGCAUAGCAGUACCUGCACACAGUGUGCCUCUGUGUGAGCCAGCGUAAGCAACGUGCCCAUGUGGCUACCAGGACUACCUGGCAGUGAUGUGGGUGCACAGCCCCACCUGUAAGCCCCCAUGCAUGCUCAUGCCUCUCUCCCUGGCACACAGGGCACUGCUCCGGGACUGUGGUCUGCUGGAAGGAUGUGGGCUCUGAGCCCUCAUGGCAUCUGCUACCUGGGCAUCGCUGCCAUCGCAUGGGGCAUGAUAACACAACUGGAGGUGAGUGCCUGGACCUACCACUACAGUGACCAAGGGGACUACACAUGGGAGCAGGCCAGGAACUACUGCCAGACCUUCUUCACUGACCUGGUGGCAAUCCAGAACAAGCAGGAGAUUGAGUACCUCAACAAGAGCCUGCCCUUCUAUGGGCGCUACUACUGGAUUGGCAUCCGCAAACUGAGAGGCACCUGGACCUGGGUGGGCACUAAGAAGGCGCUGACAAAGGAGGCAGAGAACUGGGCAGCUGGGGAGCCCAACAAUCGCCGCUCCAACCAGGACUGUGUGGAGAUGUACAUCAAGAGGCCGUUUGAGUCGGGCAAGUGGAAUGAUGAGCCCUGCAACCGGAGGAAAAAAGCACUGUGCUACCGGGCCUCCUGCCAGCCCUUCCCGUGCAGCCAGCAUGGCGAGUGUGUGGAGACCAUCGGGAGCUACCGCUGCGACUGCUACCCUGGCUUCCAUGGCCCUGAGUGUGAGCAUGCUGUGCAGUGCACUGAGCUUGAGUCCAAGGGAGUGCAAAUGGACUGCAGCCAUCCCUAUGGACACUUCAGCUACAACUCCACCUGUGUGUUUGCAUGCCAGGAAGGGUUUGAGCGGCAAGGGGCAAGCACACUGCGGUGCCUGCCUUCCCAGCAGUGGUCAGCAGACACCCCCAUGUGCACAGCCAUCACCUGCCCAGUGCUCAGUUCUCCAGACUGGGGAGAGCUGAACUGCUCCCACCUCCAUGGGGACUUCACCUUUGGCUCUACGUGUGCCUUCUCCUGCCAGACAGGAUUUGCACUGAUGGGGUCGGAAAGCCGUGAGUGUAUGGCCAUGGGAACCUGGACUGGGGAUACCCCACACUGUGAAGCUAUCACCUGCCCAGUGCUCAGUGCUCCAGACCAGGGAGAGCUGAACUGCUCCCACCUCCAUGGGGACUUUACCUUCGGCUCUACAUGUGCCUUCUCCUGCCAGACAGGGUUUGCACUGAUGGGGCCAGAAAGCCUUGAGUGCACGGCCAUGGGGACCUGGACUGGGGAUGCCCCACGCUGUGAAGCCAUCACCUGUACAGCACUCAGUGCUCCAGACCAAGGAAAGCUGAACUGCUCCCACCUCCACGGGGACUUUGCCUUCAGCUCCACAUGUGCCUUCUCCUGCCAGACAGGGUUUGCACUGAUGGGGCCAGAGACCCGUAACUGCACAGCUACAGGGACCUGGACUGGGAAUGCUCCAAGAUGUGCAGCCAUCACCUGCCCAGUGCUCAGUGCUUCAGACCAGGGAGAGCUGAACUGCUCCCACAUCCACGGAGACUUCGCCUUUGGCUCCAUAUGUCUCUUCUCCUGCCAGAUGGGAUUUGCACUGAUGGGGUCAGAGAGCCGUGAGUGCACAGCCAUGGGAACCUGGACUGGGAACACCCCACAGUGCAAAGCCAUCACCUGCCCAGUGCUCAGUGCUCCAGACCAGGGAAAGCUGAACUGCUCCCACCUCCAUGAGGACUUCGCUUUUGGCUCCACUUGUGUCUUCUCCUGCAAGACGGGGUUUGCACUGAUGGGGCCAGAGAGCCGUGAGUGCACAGCCAUGGGGACCUGGACUGGGGACUCCCCACACUGUGAAGCUGUUGCCUGCCCAGUGCUCAGUGCUCCAGACCAAGGAAAGCUGAACUGCUCCCACCUCCAUGGAAACUUCACUUUUGGCUCUACCUGUGCCUUCUCCUGCCAGAUGGGGUUUACACUGAUAGGGCCAGAAAGCCUUGAAUGCAUGGCCACGGGGACCUGGACUGGGGACUCCCCACGCUGUGAAGCCAUCACCUGCCCAGCACUCAGUGCUCCAGACUGGGGAGAGUUGAACUGCACCCACCUCCACGGGGACUUCGCCUUUGGCUCCACAUGUGUCUUCUCCUGCCAGACAGGGUUUGCACUGAUGGGGCUGGAGAGCCACAAGUGCACGGCCAUGGGGACCUGGACCAGCGAAACUCCACAAUGCAAAGCCAUCAGCUGCCCAGAGCUGGACCCCCCCAGCAGAAGUCACCUGAGCUGCUCUCACAUGUAUGGGAACUUCACAUACAAUUCCACAUGCACCUUUUCCUGUGAGGAGGGGUUUAUUCGGAUGGGAGAAGAGGUGCUCUGGUGUGCAGCCACAGGGAACUGGACUAGGCAACCCCCUGUCUGUGCAGAGGAUGGUGCCCUCUUCUUAAAGCAAGUCCUGGCUUACAGCAGUGGCACAGCUCUGGCAGUAGCUGGCGUCAUGCUCUCUGGGAUGCUCAUUGCCCUCAUUGCCAAGCGGCUCAGUGACAGAGAAGAGAAGAAGAAGCUCUUGAACCCUACCAGUGACCUAGGCUCGCCUGGCAUCUUCACCAAUGCAGCCUAUGAUGCCAACCUGUAAGGCGUGCACCAGCGAGAUGCUAAUAGCACCCCGUGCUCCUGCAGUGGGCUGGAAGUGCUGCUACCUGCUUCUGCGGAGUCACUUGUGGAAACUCCACCUGGGCAGCUAUCCUCCUGGCUGCGGUGCUCCCAGGUGUGGACAUCCCUUAGAAGGUGAAGGGGGAGACCCGGUGCUUUUGGUGCUGUACCACGGGCCCCCUUUUCUGUCUUCCAGCCCGGCCUGGACCAAACCCCACCGUGUUCCCCAGUUCUGCAGACCCAGCAGGAGCUGCUGCCAGGGCCUACAUCUUUGCCUGCAGUUCCGACCUGCGCUGCCCGUGGAAGCAGCACCCACGUUGCGUGCACACACACACACACAUAUCCAGAGAGCGGCGCUGUCUUCCCGCAACGCCGCGCACCAGCACCCGGGCCCCUGCCCGCCCUCUGGGGCCGGGUCCGUCCCCUCACGGAGUUGCCUCCGUGCUCCCGCCGUUCGUGGUUCUGGCGACGGGCUCGUGCGA